AUUAGCUUAACCCCAAAACUUCUGUUAUUUUUUCUUCCAAACCCAGAAAAUUUCAUGUUUUUCAAGAAACAAAAUUUCUGAAAUUUUCUCAUUUUUCUUGAAAACUUCUGAGAUUAAUCUCAAACAUUAAAUGUUUUUCUAGCAAUGUUUGAGUUUUCAAACUCAGAAAUGUAAUUUUUUAAAUUAAAUGUAUUAAAUUCAUUUCUUUUUGUCCUCUGCCUGCAGUGGCCAUAACAGGCCGUUAUAUCUAAAUUAAAUCUUAUUUUAGCAAAAGAAAAACCAAAACAUUGCAUCUGUCCGGGUUCGGUGGAGCUUUGCUGCAGAGAGGCCCAGUCUGUGGCGUGCCAGCAGGUCAGAGGUCACAUGGCGUCCAGCUCUGGCGCCAGCUGGUCCUCAGGCUUUACGUUGUCGCCCUGCAGAGCCGCCAUGCUGAGAAGAAGCCGGAGCGGCAAAACCCGACAUGUGGCCUGGAGCGAAACCCGGCAGGACGCAGAUGUCAUGACAGCUGGACACAGGGAGGAGUGGGACAGCCAAUCAGUGACUCAGAUCGGUGACCUGGACUCUGAGAUGGAUCAGCUGGUCGGAGCCGGUUCUGAGGUUGUGGUUCUGCCCUUUGCUGCGCCAGGGAAGCGGGAAUCGUUCUCCAUCUGUGAGCUGCAGGAGGAGCUGAACCCGAGUUUAUGGGCCGCUGACGACAGGGAGGAGGACCAGGUUUUUGACUGGGUUUGGGACGAGCGCUGCAAGUCGUCUGGCGUCUUCCUCAGCUGCGACGACAGGAAGGUGAACUUCCACUCGGACUACAGCUGCGGCACGGCGGCCAUCCGCGGAAACCGGGAGCUUUCAGAGGGCCAGCACUACUGGGAGGUGAAGAUGACCUCACCUGUCUACGGAACCGACAUGAUGGUUGGAGUCGGAACCUCUGAGGUGAACCUGGAUAAGUUCAAGUUCAGCUUUGGCAGCCUGCUGGGCCACGAUGAGGACAGCUGGGGCCUCUCAUACACAGGUUUGCUCCAACACAAAGGAGACAAAGUGAAGUUCUCCCCUCGGUUCGGUCAAGGCUCGGUCAUAGGAGUUCACCUGGACACCUGGCACGGCACUUUGACCUUCUACAAGAAUCGGCACUGCAUAGGUGUGGCUGCUACCAGGCUGCAGAGCAAGAAGUUCUACCCCAUGGUUUGCUCCACGGCCGCUAAGAGCAGCAUGAAGGUGGUGUCGGCCUGCUACGCGCCGACCUCCCUGCAGUACCUCUGCUGCGCCCGGCUCCGCCAGAUGUUGCCCAGUUGCCCCGACGUGGUUGACGCUUUGCAGCUGCCGCCGGGCCUGCGCACCGUCCUGCAGAGCCAACUGGACUGGGUGUUCUGCCUGAGCAGCGGCCCGGACCCGUCCGAGGACGAUGACUGCAUGGAGACAAGCGUGCCUUGCAGCCCAAGUGCUUGCGUCGAGCCGGCGCCUCGGGAUCGGCCCACAGCAUGCCACUGUCCGCCGACUCCGCCGAGCAGCGACUACGACAGCUGCUGCUCCGACCCGGAGGAUUAUCAGUGCAAACGAUGCCGCUGGACGUGACCCGCUUGCGUUUGUGCUGCACAGCGUUUUCUACUACUGCCAUGUUUGCUCUGAUCGACGCUCACUGCACUGCAAAAACACUAAACCUUACAAGUACUUUUGGUUUAGUUUCUACUGCAAAUAUCUUAGUACAUUUGAAAGAAGACAAAACUACCAACAUUUAACUUUUCAACAAUAUAGCAGCUUAUUUUUGUCAACAAUUCCUUAAUAUUGAUCAAAACGUUUUAGUUCCUUUGUCAGAUUAUUCAAUGUGUCACAAAACAUUUUCCCUAUAAUAAAGGUAAAAUAAUCUACUGAUUAAACUUUCAUCAAUAUUAAGAAAUUAUUGACUUAUUAAAACAAACUUGUACAACUUGCUGAAAAGUUACUUGUAUGUCAGUUUUGUUUUAUUUCAAGUGUGCUGAGAUAUUUGCAGUAGAAACUAUUGUUAUUUUUUGCAGUGAUCUCGUCGACGUUUAACAUCAACAACAAAAAGUUCUGUGAUGCUAAAUUCUCCCAAAAGUUCUUGUGAUAAACAAUAAUUUGUGUCUGAAGAUCAUUGUCAAGUAAUAUAAAGGCAAUAAUAAUGCAAGAACACUUUAAAUUCUGAUAAACAUUUAACACUGGAACUGGAAGACAUUUUGAAUCUUCAAAACUGAGUUGAACAGACUGAAGACUUUUACCAGCCAGAAAGAGAGAAAAGAGAAAAAUAAUGCAAAUAGGGUUUGUUUUGAUUUAUUGUGCGAUUGAUUUAUGGUUUAUUGCUGCAGGCCUAACAAUCAGCUCUUGUUUCUCUUUAUUUGAACUUCCUAUUUUAAUCUGUUUGUGUCUUUAUUUAGAUGUUUUUUUAUUUUUUAAAUGCCACUGCUCAAGCCUUUGGAAAAGGCUGGAUUUGAAAAAGCAAACCAGGAAACUUAUUCUCAGGGAUAGUCUGUUUAUAAUAAUGUAAAAGUAUUUUUAUAAGUGUUUUUUUUUUAUCUAUCUUUGAACUGAAUAUCAGAUGAGAUUUUGCCAAUUCUGUUUUUCUAUUUAUUGGUAAACAUCUGAUUGUGAAUUUUCUUACAGUCCUGUAAAAAUAAACAACAAAUAAUGAA